CAUUUCGUCCAUCGUCCGCCUGGCCCACCACAGUCCAAGAACUCCUCGAACUAAAAGCAUCAAAUCUUUAAAAAAACCAGUUGUGCAUUCUUCGUCAACCUCAAACUACCGUGUUCUCCACAACACCACCACCAAGGCACUCAAACUCCUCCGGGGCUGCGACACCCCUUUCUCCUCCUUCCCUUUGUCUUCAAGGGCCCUGUUUUCGCGACCACUCUGAUCUGGUCUCUAGGAUCUCCUCCUAUGGGACCUUCUCGACUCUCAUGCAUACUGCUUCUUCUUGGAUUUGUUCUCUGUUUCAUUCCACCUUCUUGCUGUGAUCCUGGACCGGGUUGCCACAACACCUGGAACACCUCUCUUCUCAACUACACGUAUCAGUUCUCCAUGGCGCAGCAUCAACUGCGUGGUCUACUCACUGUGAAGGAUGGUUGCUCCUUUAGGGUUAGUGAAUUCGAUAUGCUGGGGGGUUCUGAUGUGCGCUGGUGGGGUGCUGUCGGAGAAGAAUUCGAGAAUCUCACCAAGGGUUUUGUAAUUUCCGAUCAGAUUUUGAACAAGACCUAUCAGAACGAGAGUUUUGUUGUGAGGCUGAGGAAGAACGUGACAUGGGAUCGUAUUAAAGUUGUUUCCGUUUGGGAUCUGCCUACAGCUUCGGAUUUUGGGCACGUUGUACUGGGGAAUUCCACAAACUCGACUAACUAUCUGGCUCCGUCAAUGGUGUAUGUGAAUGGGUCUGCAGUUCACACAAAAGGGCAGCCCACAAUGUUGGAGAAUUGCAAACUCUUGUCUGACAAGUAUAGGGUUAGGUGGACUUUAAAUAAAGAUGAUGAUUCAAUUGAUAUUGGAUUAGAGGCUGCAAUUCCAUUUGCUAAUUAUAUGGCAUUUGGGUGGGCAAAACCUAAUGCUUCAUCUAAGUUUAUGCUUGGCAGUGAUGUGACGGUCACGGGAUUCAGGGAUGAUGCUAUGCCAUUUGCUGAUGAUUUUUUCAUUUCAAAGUACAGUGAAUGCAUGAUUAGCAAGGAUGGAAGUGUUGAGGGUGUUUGUCCAGAUACUCUAUACAAAUCAUCUGAUCAAGUAUCAGUAAAUAAUACAAGGUUGGUUUAUGGUCACAGAAGGGAUGGUGUGUCGUUUAUUAGGUAUAAGAGGCCCCUGAAAUCUGAUGAUAAGAAGUAUGAUUCUCCAUUGCAUCCAAAGGAUAAAAUGACAGUUAUAUGGGCAUUAGGGUUGAUAAGGCCUCCUGAUAGUCUCCGCCCUUUCUAUCUUCCUCAAAACCAUGGGGGUACAUAUGGACACUUGACCCUUAACAUUUCAGAACAUGUAAAUGAUUGCUUGGGACCUCUUGAUGCGGAUGAUAAACAAGAUCAAGAUCUUGUAAUUGCUGAUAAAAAGGAACCUCUUAUUGUUACAGCAGGUCCAGCAGUAUAUUACCCCAAUCCACCGAAUCCUUCACGAGUUCUCUACAUCAACAAGAAAGAGGCACCUAUUCUCAGGGUUGAGAGGGGUGUUCCAAUAACAUUUUCUCUACAAGCUGGGCAUGAUGUGGCAUUUUACAUUACUUCUGACCCAAUUGGUGGAAAUGCAACAUUGAGGAAUGCAUCUGAGACAAUAUAUUUUGGGGGUCCAGAAGCAGAAGGAGUUCAAGCCAGUCCUACAGAAAUGACUUGGGCUCCUAACCGUAACACACCAGACCUAGUUUACUAUCAGUCUGUUUAUACACAGAAAAUGGGUUGGAAAGUUGAAGUAGUUGAUGGUGGUUUACCAGAUAUGUACAAUAGCAGUGUUGUUUUGGAUGACCAACAGGUUACCCUCUUCUGGACAUUGGCAGAAAAUUCAAUAUCUAUGGCAGCUCGGGGUGAGAAAAAGAGUGGUUAUCUAGCAAUUGGAUUUGGUCGUGGAAUGGUGAAUAGCUAUGCUUAUGUGGGUUGGAUUGAUGAUGAUGGAAAAGCAAGGGUAAGCACGUAUUGGAUAGAUGGAAGAGAUUCUUCAAGUAUUCAUCCAACACAUGAGAACUUGACAAAUGUUAGAUGCAGGUCAGAAAAUGGCAUCAUAACUAUGGAGUUUACCCGCCCAUUUCUUCCAUCAUGCGAUCAUGAUGAUAGGCCAGAGUGCAAAAACAUUAUUGAGCCUACAAGCCCACUCAAAGUUGUAUGGGCCAUGGGUGCUCAAUGGUCAGAGGGCCACUUAAGUGUGAGAAAUAUGCAUUCUAUCACAAGCAGUAGGCCUGUUCGGGUGCUGCUUAUGCGUGGUUCUGCAGAGGCAGAGGAGGAUUUACGGCCAGUAUUAGCUGUACAUGGAUUCAUGAUGUUUCUAGCCUGGGGUAUCUUGCUUCCAGGUGGAAUUCUGGCUGCCAGAUACUUAAAACAUGUCAAGGGAGAUGGUUGGUUCCAGAUUCAUGUUUAUUUGCAGUACUCAGGAUUAGCAAUUGUUUUCCUUGGCUUUCUUUUUGCUGUAGCUGAACUUCGGGGCUUUGCAUUCAACUCACUACAUGUUAAGUUUGGACUACUUGCCAUAAUACUUGUCAUUGCACAACCAGUGAAUGCAUACUUGAGACCUAAGAAGCCUUCUACUGGUGAGGAGGUCUCAUCAAAAAGAGUUCUUUGGGAGUAUGUCCAUGUUGUCACUGGGAGAUGUGCCAUCAUUGUUGGGAUUGCUGCACUUAUAAGUGGAAUGAAGCAUUUAGGAGACAGGUAUGGUGAUGAAGAUGUCAGGGCACUCAUCUGGGCUUUAAUUGUUUGGUUUCUCAUUGGUGCUUUGACAAUGAUGUAUUUGGAGUAUCGUCAAAAGAAAAGAAUACGGGAUAGAGCAGUUGGAAGAAGCAAUUGGGUGUUGGGUAAUGGUGAAGAGGAGGAUGUUGAUCUACUGAGUCCAAGCAGGGCUGCAGAGAAAGAGUUGCACUCUUCUGAAAGAAUGGAAGUUCAGCUGGAACCCUUGAGCAGAUAGAGAUCCACACGUAGAUUUGUUGUAAAUUUUGCACUCACCACUACUAAUUUUGGCACUUGUUAAUGGUUCAGUAUACAGCAACCCAAUUUUUAUUUUCCUUCUUUGUCCCCCGUUUUCAUUUCCAAAUGAUUAUUGAUGGUGUGUUGCUGCCAAAAGUACAUUUUGGUCCAACAUCCCCUCCCCCUUACCCCUAAACAAAGAAAAUGGUCACAGAAAAAGAAAUGUUUUUUUACUUUUUAGGAUGGAAUAUAUGUAGACUGCACUGGUCUUUUUUCUUCAGGUUAUAUCUAUAUUGAACCAAGAGCUGUUCUUGCAA